AUGUGUGACAUACUUGAGCUGGAUACAAACCAGCUGACUAAGAGUCUCCAGUUAGUGUUCAUCACAUCAGUGGACAAGACACAUUUGAUUUCUCUCAGGCUGUAGGACAAUCAGUCACUCGAGAUGACGCACCAGUCCCCCACACUCUCCGAGGCGCAGAAGAGGGAGCUCCAUGAGACCGCUCUACGCAUAGUUUCUCCAGGGAAGGGCAUCCUGGCUGCAGAUGAAUCUGUGGGCAGCAUGGCUAAGCGCCUUGCCCAGGUCGGGGUGGAGAACACAGAGGAGAACCGCAGACAGUACAGGCAGAUUCUCUUCAGUGCAGACGACCGCAUCAACGGUUGCAUUGGAGGGGUCAUCUUCUUCCAUGAGACGCUGUACCAGCACUCUGAUAACGGCGUUACCUUUGUCAAAAUGAUCAGGGAAAGGGGCAUCAUGGUCGGCAUCAAGGUUGAUAAGGGUGUUGUUCCUCUGGCAGGAACUUGCGGAGAAACCACCACACAGGGUCUUGAUGGAUUGUCUGAGCGUUGCGCACAGUAUAAAAAGGAUGGAGCUGUCUUUGCAAAGUGGCGCUGUGUGCUUAAAAUCAGUGACACCAAUCCAUCUAAACUGGCUAUCACAGAAAAUGCAAAUGUUCUUGCGCGCUACUCCAGCAUCUGUCAGCAGCAUGGCAUUGUGCCCAUUAUAGAGCCGGAGAUUUUGCCUGAUGGAGAUCAUGACCUGAAACGCAGCCAGUACAUCACUGAGAAGGUCCUGGCUGCAGUGUACAAGGCCAUGUCGGACCACCAUGUGUACCUGGAAGGCACUCUCCUCAAACCCAACAUGGUCACCGCUGGACACAGCUGCCCCACUAAGUACAGCCCAGAAGAGGUUGCUAUGGCAACUAUCACUGCCAUGCGCCGCACUGUCCCCCCAGCAGUCACAGGAGUGGCUUUUCUCUCCGGCGGUCAGAGUGAAGAGGAGGCCUCCGUCCACCUCAACGCCAUCAACAACUGCCCUCUGGCCAAACCAUGGAUCCUAACAUUCUCCUUCGGCCGAGCCCUGCAGGCGUCUGCACUCAGAGCCUGGAGAGGACAUAAAGAGAACGAGAAAGCCGCCACUGAGCAGUUCAUCAAGAGAGCAGAGGCCAACAGUCUGGCAUGUCAGGGGAAGUACCCUAAUGGUGACAACUAUGGCGAGUCCGGCCAGCGCAGCUACGGCUCCUGUCAUGCAUACUGA